AUGGAAAAAGAGACGGAUCUUACUGUAAUCCUUAGCAGGAAUAUAGGAAUCUCUACUUUUCAAGGGUUGUCACUGCAGAGUAGGUACAAUUCAACAAUACGCGUGGCUCCUAAUUACCCACAGGCAGUAGAACUCACCAAAUGGGCAAAAGAAAACAAAUCAAUGUUGUUAAGUCGUGCGUCGAAAAAAACCUCAACAAGCUCAUCUGCCCCUCUCAUGGUAUUGACUCCUGCCGGCCAACGAGUUGUCUCUAUUGAAGAAAUUUCAUCACCAACUUCUAUGGGACUCUUCUAUGUUGAAGCAGAAAUGGCCAUAUCAGAUGAAUUGCAAGAGUUUUGUGUACUUGAAUGCUCAGGAUGCAAACAAAAGAAGCGCACAAAAGAUAGAAAGGAUUUUCAUUGUCCAAAAUGCAAUCGGAAAACAACAUUACUUCCUCGGUAUUUCUCCUUCUCCUUCGUCUUUGUUCAGUUAAUAUAUCUACUUAAGAAUACAUAUUAGUAAGAUCAAUUUGAAAGAUACACCUAAAAUCAUGAUAAGUUUAAAAUAUGAGUGUUUCUUACUUUUCCUUUUUUUGACUAUUUGAGAUUUGAUGUAAGGUGCUUUUCUCUUUUAUUAUUAUAGGGACAAUUUAUGAUUCAUUCUUAAUACAUAUCAAUAAUGUUUGUUGUUAUGUGUGUGAUCUAUUAAUUUUAGAGGUUGAAGGACAGCCUUCUACCAAAAAGUGUUUUCGAUUUUGGCACUAACAUAGUUAAAGUAUAACUUAAUGCUUCUG